GGGUAGUAAGCGCGUGGAGGUGUGCGGGCGUGCUCUUUCCACCUCUCUCUCGCGGCGAAGCCACCGGCUCGUCGUCGUCAUCCGCCACUGCUGCUUUUUUUUCCGCCGUGUAGAGUAGCGUAGUGUAUAGUAGUCGCGACUGGCGUGGUUGUCAGCUUGCCGGUCAGUCCUCGUCUCCGAGUGGUUUGUGCCGUCCUCGUCCCUUGACUUCCCGUCGACGAAGGAAAGAGAGAUUUCGGGCCCACCGUGUGAUCGCAUCCACCGUCCUCGUCCCCGUAUCACCUCUCGCCUUUCUCGGUGUCUUCCUCGCGUGGUGUCUGGGCGCGCGCGUCGCCGGCAUGGUGAUGAUGAUGCCGCGGUGAUUCGGCGCUUGAUGUGUUGUGCGCGCGGCGCUACCGGGCCAGCGUCGUCAUGUUUCCCUACGAGAGCGGCGGCGGUCAGGGCUUUCUCGAGGUCGGCGGCGGUGGUGGCACUCAGGUGCACCAGCUGAUGACGCCGCCGCCCGCCGCCGCCUACCAGCACCACGGCGGCAUCAUCAACGGCCACCAGCACCUGCACCAUGCUCAACACCAGCCUCCUCCUCCGCCGCCACACCACCACCACCACCAUCAGAUGGUGCACUAUCAGCCUUACGGGUCGGAAGGCUUCGACCAAGAUUCACCAAGGUAUUCCUCUCCGAAGCCACCGGGCCUUUAUGGGGAGCCUUAUUUUAUUGACGGGGGCCAUGGUGGAGGAGGUGACCCUUGGUCCUCAAACCAAAGCCUGCAGCCUUCUUCAUACUCUUACCUGGGGAACCAGACCUCACACCUGCCCUCCACGUCGUCUGCCUUCUCCUCCAUGCACCUCCCUCCCGAAUCAAUGGCAUAUGGUGCCGUGUCUCCAGGCCAGGAGCCCACAGGCCUAAUGCCUACAAGCCUUCCCCCCAUGUCGAGCUUCCGCGGGGCCGCUGCCUCCCCGCUCUACUCCUCGCAACAGAACAAUGGCAGCAGCGGCAGUGGUAGCACAGCUGUUGCGGUUGCAGGCAGCACAAACACCGGCACCGUGGCACCCGCGUCGGUGCCGACUCCCACAGCGGCCACUGGUGGUAGUGGCGCCGUGGCUGGCAGCACCAAUCAGGGCACCUCCCCGGCGCCCGCAGCAGCCGAUGUCCUGUCGUCUCGGACGGCGGGCGUACCUGUUGCCGCCUCCGCAAACUCCUCCGCGCACACUCCGUCGGCCUCUUCGCAGACGGGGGACACCCUGGGCAAGGCUCUUGCCUCGCAGUUGUAUUCAGCCGACCACCCAGGGAGCAGUUUUUCAUCGACGUCUUCCACACCUGUCAGUUCACCUCCUCCCCUCUGUGCAGUAUCUCAAUGGCCAAGGAAUAAUGCACAGUCAAGCCAACCUCCGUCUGGUUUCCAGGAAGCUACAAUGCACCAGCUGCAGACACGAGGGGUUCUAGAGGAGCGGCUGGACGAUGCGCUGAGCAUCUUGCGGACUCAUGCCGAGGGUGCCUCCCUGGGUCCCGCGCUGGGGCCUGCGCUGGGGCUCACGCCCGGUGCACACUCCAACGGACUUCUGGCUUCCUUAACAGCAGGGCACCCCUUCUCACCUGGCAUGCCUACCCUUGACGCACACGGAGCAAGCCCACCUGCCCUCUCUGACAGUUCUAUGAGGAGCAGGACAUCGCUAACGACUCCAAACAGCCAGAAUCCAACUCAUUAUGUGGAGAGCAGCCCGGGCAUCAAGGUUGAGAAGUGCAAGGAGGCCGCCGACAAACUGGAGCACACCAAGAUCAGCCCCCCGAACUCCCCGGGUCCCCUGGGCGCCAGCCUGACCACCCCGACUGCCACGUCUUCCUCUGGGGGAGGAAAGUCCAGCAAGAGGUCUCGGAGCCGCUGGCAAGUAGCUGCUGGAAACAAUAGCAACAGCGGCCACGGUGACGCAUUUGCCGGCUCCGGAGAUGAGGACGAACCCCCAGAAGUUAAGGCAGAGCGAGAAAAGGAGAGGAGACAGGCGAACAAUGCGCGGGAAAGGAUACGUGUAAGGGACAUUAACGAGGCGUUCAAGGAGCUGGGCCGAAUGUGCAUGAUGCACCUGAAGACAGACAAGGCCCAGACAAAGCUGAAUAUCUUACACCAGGCAGUGGAGGUCAUUACAAGCCUGGAACAGCAAGUCAGGGAGCGAAAUUUGAACCCCAAGACAGCGUGCCUGAAGAGGCGUGAGGAGGAAAAGAGCGACGAGGGGGCCAAGCUGGGCGCCCACGGCCUGGCCCACCCGGGUCCCGCGCUCGAUGCACUGGCACACCAGAGGCUGGCCUCGCUGCCUGUAAGUACCCUAUGGACCGAGUAUUCGCAACCCAUGGAUGGGGAAACAAGUAACUCAGAAAUGUGAAGUUCUCAGCGUUACGAAGGGUUCCGCCAGGCCUGUUCGACAACACAAGUUCUUGGAUUUUGAAGGAGAGACUUCUUCCAGCUUCCAGUAGAAUGAACGAGCAAAAGAAAAAGGGGGACGCGUUUUACUCUGCAGCAGCCGAAGAGGAAAGCAGCCACCGUUCUUCCUUCCCGACCAGCACCACCUUUUCUCGACACCUGUUGUCCUCCUCAUUCUUGAUUGAUUUUUUUUUUUUUCUUUUCCAUUUACUCUUACACGAUGAGAUCCUCGUUCCCUCAUUGUUCAUCACGCCCGUGCCCAAAAAACGCACAGAGAAGCAGGUUUGGCUAUUGCACCAGGACUCUUAUGACCUGCUUCGUGCUUUUUUUUUUUUUUUUUUGACAAGUGGGGGCGGGACUUGCUGUCGCGACUUGUAUACAUACCAUAAUGCAUCUCUCAUCGCAGAUCAGUGCAUUUCAAUGUUUCACGGAGGAGGAAAGCAGCGGCGGCGAGAUUGAAAAAGGAAAAAAAAAAAAACGGAGGGCAGCGCUUUUUGUUUUCUUGCGCGCGUGUGCUGUUGUAGAAUCGCUGACAAUGCUGUAUUUAAAACAAAAACGAGCGGAGCAGGCGACGCUCCCAUCUACGUGGCUCAACAAAAACGCACCUUGCAAUUGUUUCCUCCCAGUGGGAAGCUCGUCGAAGCACCCUUCUUCUUAUCUUACUACAAGAGAGUUUUUAGCUGGUUUGCAUCUAUGUUACUUUUUACAGAAUAACCGGUUACUGGAGACGUGGGCGUAAGGCACAAGAUGGUGCCUUGGUGGCACCAUCUUGUGGCGAUGGAUUUUAACCAGAAGGGACACAGAGCUGUUAUUUCACACCGCAUUCUGCUCAACUUCUGUUGUAACGCAUCGGUAAUGGCAUAGAUAACAAUCCGUCUGUUCCCCUCGACAACAACGCUCGUGUAACGCGAGAAACAUUUCACGUUUGUUGCAUGCUUGCCAACUUGUACGAUUUUAUUGUGCAAUGCCCAGUUCUUUUAACUUUUUUACUGUUGUCAUUAUUACCACAGGUAAUCUAAUUAUUACCACAGGUUUCAUUUGCACCUAGGGCAAAACGUAUUUCAAACAAAUAUGAAAAAAUACAGCCGGUGACGCCGUUUUUCAUAUCCACCCACGGAGCUGCUGCACCAACUUUAGAACCAAUGUACAGCGGCAACAGAAAUUACAUGCACAUUUAAUGAAUGGAGUUUUUAUGAACAUUAAAUGGUUUAAACAGCUGUUUGUAGCCCUUAAGUUUCGUGUUAUUCUGAGAUGGAAAAUUUUCCACUUGUGGCACUGAUCAUUCUAGAGCAAAGCACCUAUUGUCAGCGACCUUGGAGAUGAAAGCCUGCGAUUCUGUAAUAGCCAGGCAACAUCCCGAGGAACCAAGCAAUUUAUAGUGUAUUAGUACUUUUGGCUACGAUUGUACUAUUUUUAUCAACUUCCAAGGUUGGCAGGUCUGACAUUGCACUUGACCACCGUGGCGGCUUAGCGGCUAAUGGCAUUGUGCUGCUUAGCAUGAGGUCCCGUACUCGAUUCCCAGCCACGCCGGCAGCAUUUGGAUGGGGGUGAAAACACUCAUUUACUUUGAUUUAGGUGCACGUUAAAGAACCAUAGGUGGUCAAAAUUAAUCUGGAGCUCCCCACUACAGUGAGCCUAAUAAUCAGAUCGUGGUUUUGACACAACCCUAGAUAUUAUUAUUAUUAUUAUUUAUAUUUUUUUGCAUUGUAGUUAACAAAGCAUCACAAUGUCUCGCUACCACUGUUGCUACUGCCAUCCGCGGCUCCAGUAACUGGGCAUUUCGUAAAAGGGUAAACAUUUACGGACAAGCUACAACUGUCUUUCAUUGUUGUUUUCUUUUCUUUGUUUCUUUAUUUUUUCGUCUCGCCUGCCUUGAAUGAUGCGUGUUCGCUGAGCUGCAAGGCAGGUUUUUCAUGCAGGAAUUUCAACACGAUUGUUCGGUUUCUGUCUCAUUUUUAUUUCUCCUGUUUUAAUUUAUUUUUGCGGAGAUUGAUCACUCAAUUUAUUUCUCCUUUCUUUUGCUCACUGUCGUACUUUCUUUUUAUUUUAUUGCUCUCUUUUUGUUUUCCCCUGAGGAGAAAAAAAAAAUGUGUGGCAUGACUGUCCUUUUUCGAGUGCUUGUUUUUGUGAGUUUGCGUGCCUCUUCAUGGACGUGUGCAUGUGUGUGCGAGCAAGGUUAUAUACAUAAAGAAAUAUAAAUAUAUAUAUAUAUAUAUUAUACACGCGGACACACUCGAAAAAAAAAUGUAUAGAAUCAUCUGUUUUUUCUUCAUUGUCAUUUCUAUAUUACUGUAUAAACUUUUGACGGGAGGCUUUUUUGGGUGUUGGCUUAGUGUUUGUCGACGAAGAAGUUUGAAAACAGGCGAUAGAAAGAUGAUGAUUUCUGUUUUGGCGCUUUGCUGAAGGCAGUGUUCGGUGUCUUUUUGUUUUUGUUCUGCUUUUACGACUCUUAGGCCCCAUUCCCCCCCUCCCCCUCCUCACCUCUCUUCUCCACUCUAUUGCAUUUAUUGCAGCUGCAAUUUGGGACUGGAUGCUGCACUACUGGCCUGUCUUGUCUUUUUUCUACGUGGCUUAAUUCUUCAUCUAUUACGUGGGCAGCCAUAAUUGUCGCAAAACUGGCUACUGUCUCGGUUUUAGGUGUUCUUGGCUCAGCUUUUGAACAACUUGUACUGAAAUCGACAAGAAGGUUGAGACUGUAGCAGGCAGUUACAACUAGUCAUCUGAUGGUGUGGGAUCCUACCUACCCUGUUUCGAUUAACGCUGCACGAGCAUUGAAAGCCUUGACAAUAACGCUCUGGAUGUGAAAUGCCCAGGCAUCGAGGUAUCUUGCAGAGGAUUGUUGCAUCUUUGCUGAAGCUUUGUAUGUGCUAUCGUGGACAAUUUAAAUACAAACAAGUUAGGGCUAACCAGAACACAUUCUUUCAGGUCUGCUUUCGAUAAUAUGUAAUAUAUCAGCGUGGCUUCCAACUUGUGUGCUUAGUGUUCGGCCGCCUAUAGUGUCUUUGUCACCUCAUGAGUAGCUGUGCGAGAUCAUGCUCUCGAUUGAUUGCUUGCAAGAGGUGCUCUGCUUUGUAAUCUCUUGUCGUUCAUAUCUCAAUUGUUCACGACUGUGCCGUACGGGACCUCGCGUUUUUAUGUUAACCACAUUGAAGGACGAUAUUGCAGCAAGGUUGCAUUUUGUUGUCCGCCCUGUUCAGUAAACUUAGCACCCCUGCCUGGCUAGUUUCUCCACAACAAAAGAAAAACCAUGGUCGUAUGUGCAGCCUUAAUGCAUUGGGGAAACGAGCUGUGUGGAUACGUGGUCCCGUUUCACUGCCUUAAACUUGAGGUUUGAAUGAAAUGGUCAAACAAUGAUGCUGCAUGUCUUCAAAUGACGCGGACCAAAAGCUGCAAUCAUGUUAUCAAAUUUGAGUGAGAGCAAAACAGCGCUAAAUCAUCUCUUAAAGUUAAUAAAAACGCGGGUCACUACAUGUGGCAGUGAUGUGCUUUGCCAUUCACGUUUUCUGUUCAGUGCUGUUAACAAAUGGAAUAUUGUUUUAAACGAAAUUACGUAGAAACUGCAUUGGUGGCUUGCAAGGUGCCAAAGGUGCUGUUCACUUGCAUGCCUUCAGUAAGCUUUACACCGGCGGUCUUAAUGAAGAGCUGAACGUAAUUUUUUCAAGAUCGAUAGUCGAUGGUUAGAAAUGAAACGCUUCUGCGCAUGCGACUAAGUACACUUAGUGUGGAAGUAGCAUGAAGUUGAAUUAUCACCGAAAGUGAUGAUAGGUUAGGAACGUAGCACAUAGUUUCACACCUGCAAGUUAGGUUGGUAGAAGCAGCGACAGUGAAAUAUGGCUGGUUGGCAGACCAUCGCGGUGCAACGUUAUACAAUGCCUCUUUGGCCGUGGCAGUCUGUUGCUUGUUUCAGUGGCCAGUGGGACAAUUAUGGCUUCUCAUGCACGACAGGCGUAUGUCAAUGCCUGCACGUAGGUGCGGACAUUUCUUGCAUACUGUACUGAUGUACUUUUUGACAGUCGAAGACUGUGGCUCGGUUGUCUUCAGCUGUAAAUUGUGCAGAAAAAAAAUAACUUUGACGAGUGUCUUUUAUUUUUGUUUCGCGAUGGUGAUUAUUAUUCAACCGUACUCUUGUGUUCUUACCCUUUGACGGUAGCCCAUGAACUUGUACAGCAGGUGAUUUGCGAAGGAUGCAUUUAUGUAAUGCGCAUUUCUUUAGCAUUUAUAUAUAUAUAUAUAUAUCUUGCGAUGAAUGUUGAAAUUUCCAUUGAAGGCUCUUUUUUUUUUCCCCCCUUUAGCACGGCGGGUGUUACGUAAAUUGCAGUGGAAAGGCUUUUUUGCACUGUGGAGUUGCCAAAAGGAAGUUGACCAUAACACAGGGUUUAGAAGGUUGAAACAGGUGCAGUUUGUCAAAUACCAUUCAGUCUGGAAACAAACUGCUCAAAAGUGUUGCUUAUCAACUUGACAUCAAUGCAGCAGUGGGGUGUCAUUCCUGCGAGACACUCUGUUUCAUAUUUUGCCUGCAAUCUGUAAGAUCUAUGUAAGUAUCACGUAAACCAAAUUAGCCACAGACUGAAGCUUACGGGAGUCUAAAAUAUUUCAUCAAAAAUAACAGCUAUGACCAUCACACGAGAGACUGCUAAAAAGUAAUGCAUUGCAAAGUGACGAGACACCCACGUGUCUUUUAUCUGUUACUGCUUGACUUGUUCUGUUAACGUUAAGUUCAGUCACAAAAUGUUUAAAAAUUAUUGCUUGAAAUGUGUCUUGACUAUUUUUUGGGCCCUAAAUUUUGUAGUAUGCAUGCAAAGUAUGAAACAGAGUAUGUCACACAUCAAAUUGCAAGUGACAACUUUCAGAAGCCACGCUGCAUCACCUGUCUGGCAGUUGCGUUGUUGCAAGCAUGGCUUUUUAAAAUGUCCUAAUUUGCAUGUACUGGCUGAGCCAUUUCUGGUUUCCGUAUCUGUACACGCUCUUCAGCACGCAAGUUAUUUCUGAGGCGUGGCUCAUGACAGUAUUUGCAGUCACUGUAGCAGUUACCUGGUACUUCCACUGAGGAUUAAAUUGUUGCGAAGACAGUAUAGAAUUUGCUUGUUACUUUGCAGUGGAAGACCUUCUUGAGAAACUGUUUCGCCUGUUGAUAUUCUCGCAAUGGGGAACAUAUUUGGACAUUCAAAAAUACAUGUGCGCCUUCCACGAGGAACUCUUAUGAUCCACUGCUGUGGUGACUCGGUUGCUAUGGCGUUGUGCUGCUGGACACAAGGUUGUGCUUUCAAUCCUCGGCCACAACUUCAAGGGGGCUGGAAUUCGGAAACACUCGAGUACUUAAAUUUAGGUGCACGCUAACGAACACACGGUCAAAAUUAGUCCAGGGCCCCCACUACGACGUAUGUAGCCUUGCAUGGUUAAACCCCACAAUUGGACUUGCUAUUCUAGAAGAAACACAAUGGAUAUUGCCUUGUUUUAGGUUGAACUGUGGCAGAAACUGGCUGGUUGCACUGAAGUAAGCCACAGGGAGCAGUUGCAGCCCUCGCUCUCAUGUCCCACCCUCACCCCCGCCCGUAAAUUUUGGCAUAUGGAGACAUUCGUUUUGGACUGGAGAAGCAACGCAAGAGAGCUUCAUGCAUUAGCCCCAUUCAGUUAAUCUCGGUACGUCCAGGCACUGUUUUGGGAACACAGGCCAGUUCUGAAUAUGGCAGUGCCGAGCUUUUCCCGAAACAGUUGCAUAUGUGAGAGGCCCAAAAGGAUGUGCUAGCACUGUCCGAGCUCCGACUAUGAAAGGUGAAGCCAGCUUACAGGCGAGUUCGAGGCAACUGUUAUUCAUAGUGCAAGCUGACAUUGUAACCGCCUUUUACAACACGCAAAUGCCGAUAGCAGAUGCCGCGUGCAUUGUUAAGGUAUGCCAUGCCCGCUGCUGUUCUUGACAGUGCCGAAUUUCAAAGGAGCAGGGUUUGGGAACAUUCUCAAGCAAAUUUCAACAACCACCAUUGCACAGGAUGGGACAAUAUUAUAUUGCCCUUACACACGGUCCGCGCCUGGAUAACAUUUUUUUGCAGUGUGCACCGCCGCUUUCGGUAAUUUUACAAUGCCAAAGAAAAACCGAUGCAUUUUUGAUUGCUCGUUCAGUUCAUGUAUUUGUGUCGCUUAUAUGGCUUUCGGGAAAGCAGCUGAAAUAUGUUGCUAGGUUUGGUUCCGAGUACUUAACUGUGCUUCCUUCUUGUUGUUUUCGGGGGUGCAGUGCUUUCUCGUUGUCCAGUUAAGAGAGUGCAGCUGUGCAAGGCAUCUAUAAGGCAACGUUUGGCGGCAAUACAUGAACCAUUUUUGGUCCGCCUUUAUUACUUUAUUUCCAGAGUCAACAUUUUGCCGACGCCUUUAGAUCCUACCAAAUCGACAAAUUAUUGUUAUCACGAUUUGGUGUGGAAUUUGUUGUCACUUUUUGGCGACACCAAAAGAAAACUUCGACGUCCUCGUUAAAACUGCAAGAGCGGGCAAGAACCAAAGCAGGACUGCUACACUCUCUUAAUGACGGAGUUGAAUUCAGUCGCGUCACUGCUGAUGUACUUCCUGUUAUUUAAGGCAGCCCCACCCUUAUCCCGCCUCGCCCUUAAAUCACCAUUUUCGUUGUUGUUUUUUCAAUUUUUUGCUUUCUUGGCAACUUGAUAUGUGCGCACAUUUGUGUCAACACAUCGUGAUGCACGUUUAUUAUUUUGUAAUUAUUAGGGCACGUGCAGCAUCUCAGCCGCAACACGUUUAAGAAAGGAAAAAAGAUGAUUUUUGUUACUGGAUGCAUUUGUUUUAAGUAGAGCUCCGUGUUCUGUUCUGUAUUUUGCGAUUGUGUAAUUUAACAAAGCUACAUCGAAUCAUGCGCGUACAUCAACAAGUAACUUGUCCUCCACAUAUACAUUUUUUUUCCCCCCGUCACAUUCAUUUCGAUGUCUCAAACUCUGAAAAGUUGUCGCUCUUUUUUUUUUUGCCUUUGUUAUCAUUUUAUUGUACACAGUAUUCUUGCUUUUGCCUGCUUUUAUUAUUAUAUUUUUGUAAGCAAUCCUGUCCAAACGUCAGUUUUGAGUUGUGUGUGGCCACCGAUGUAUACCAAGUUGUCCAUAUGCAUACCUGAGCUUCUGUUGUGUUCUAUCCUCCGUGCGCUUUUUAUGUUGGCUGUACCCACUGUUUGUUUUACUACACCUGAGUUUUUCAGGCUGACCAUUUGCACAUACACUUGAGUUGUCCUCUGCUGACACUUGGUCCAGUCAUCCAGAGUAAAGAAAAAAGUGCCAUUUUUCGUAAAAAUGUGUGGUGGUUGUAUUUCUUCUGCCUGCUUGACACACGCACACAUGCUUUUAAAUGAGCAACACUAAGCAAGCAUUUUAUUAAAGCAAAAUAUGAAAUUGCUUGAGUU